AUGGCGACCGUGACAGGACCCUCUAUUACAGGUAUGGAAAAAACCAAGAAAGCCUUAGCUCUACAAAGAACAGCUUUUAUAAAGAUCUAUGAUAAGUUGAAAGAAGAUUUCUCCAAAGAAAAAUGCGAUAUCCUAGAAAUACAGAGUAGCAUCAAAGUCUUGGAUGAAAUAAUGCUUCAAGUAUCUGAACUGAAUCAACUCAUGAUUGAUAUAAUGUUGGAUGCAGGAGAAGAAGAAGCGAAUAUGAAUGCAGAAGUGGAAUUGAUGAAUACGAUGAGUUCUCAAUAUCACAAGAUAAAAUGUAGUUUCGAUAAGUUAAUAUGUCAAAGCAGUGUCUCCAAGAAAUCAGAAUCCAGAAGCAAAUUGAAGAUUCCCAAACUUCAAUUCAGACAGUUUGGUGGUGAAACGAAAGAUUGGCUUGGAUUUUGGAAUCAAUUCAGCAGAAUUGAUGAAGAUUCUGAUAUAGAAGAGGAGGAUAAACUACAAUAUUUAGUUCAAGCUACCACACCAGGCUCUCGAGCUAGACAAAUUGUGGAAAGUUACCCUGCUUCUAAAGGUAACUUUGUUAAAGCAGUGGAUAGUUUGAAACAAAGAUUUGGAAGAGAAGAUUUGUUAAUAGAAGUUUAUGUCCGAGAACUUCUCAAGCUAGUUUUGAUGAAUCUGAAUACCAAAAAUAAACUAUCAACAUUUUUUGACAAAAUUGAAUCACAAUUGAGAGCAUUAGAAAGUCUGGGUGUAAAAUCAGAUACCUGCGCUGAGAUGCUAUACCCUUUGGUUGAAUCAUGCCUAGGAGAAGAUUUAAUACGAGCAUGGCAUAGAAGUCAGUUCUAUUCAUCAGAGUGCAGUUUGAAGAAGCGUCUUGAUGCUCUCAUGAAUUUUCUGAGAGAAGAAGUGAUGAACGAAGACAGAAUUCAUCUCGCGGUGUCCAGUUUCAAAGACAGACGAAAGCCUGAAGAUAGGAGCAUACGUACUAGUUUUAAUGUACCCACUGCUUCUGAAUUGUACAACAAAGGAGUUCCACGAUGUGUGUUUUGCAAAAAUUCACAUUCAACUGAUCAAUGUAAGGAAGUGUUGAAACUCAGUUUUGCAGAAAGGAAACAGAAAUUGUCAGAAAAUGCUUGUUGCCACCUAUGCACCAAAUUUGGUCAUAUAGCUCGAAGAUGCCGCUCUCGAGAAAAAUGCCACAGAUGUCAAGGUAGACAUUGUGUUAUUAUGUGUCCCAAAAACGAUGUCGAGUCAUCAUCGAGUUCUAAUGAUAGGAAUUUGAAACAGCCAAACUUAAAAAUUGAUGAACACAGUCUGUCCAACCACACUUUUCCCGAAAUUUUUUUGCAAACCAUAGUAGUAGAACUGAGGGGGGACAAAGAAUGUCGCCGAGUAAGACUCUUGAUCGAUACUGGAUCCCACAAGUCAUAUAUUACAAGAAAAAUUGCCGAAGAGAUGGGGUACCCUCCAGUUCGAGAAGAACAGCUAGUACAUUCACUUUUUGGAGGAACACAAACUGAAUCUGUGAGUCAUAGAUGCUUCAGAAUUUCUCUUCAAAGUCUUACUGAAGACUACUGUUGCAACUUCGAAGUUUUGGAUCAACCAUUGAUUUGCAACCACAUAAGCUCAGUGAAAAAGGGACCUUGGCUGGAUGAACUGAAACAAAUGGGAGUAGAAAUUACUGAUACUACAGAUGGGCCAAUUGAUGUUUUGGUUGGUGCCGACAUAGCCGGAAAACUUUUUUCCGGACGUAAACAAGAUUUGGAUUGUGGACUUGUAGCGGUUCAUACAUUACUAGGUUGGACACUCAUGGGAAAACUGAAAUCAGAAUACUCAUCUAAGACAUCCCUUCUUGUAACUUCAAUGUUUUCGAAAAAUGUGUCCAUAUGUGACUUAUGGAACCUAGAUGUCCUUGGUAUUCAAGCUCCUGAAAAUUCUGAAUCACAACGGGAACAAGAAAAACUUGUUAUGGAACAUUUUCUAACAACAGUUAAACGAAGAGAUGACAGGCGAUAUGAAGUGUGUAUGCCUUGGAUUGAAGGUCAUCCCCCUUUAUCAUCCAACUUCGAUUUAUCCUAUAAAAGACUCCUCCACACUGUGAAAAAGUUGAAAAAGGAUAAUUUCUAUAACGUCUACGAUAGCGUCUUCGACAAUUGGUUAGCUGAAGGAGUUAUAGAAUGUUCGUCAGAAAAUGAACCUCUUGAAACAUCAUCUCAGUCUGGUCAUUUUUUACCUCAUCAUCCAGUAUAUAAGCCCAGUAGUACCACAACACCUGUACGUCCAGUUUUUGAUGCUUCGUCAGGAGCAAAGUAUCAACCAUCUUUGAAUGAGUGCCUUGAGAAAGGAAUCAACCUCAUUGAAUUAAUUCCAUCUAUGAUUCUACGUUUCCGCUUGGAUAAGAUAGGAAUCACAGCUGAUAUAAGAAAGGCAUUUCUUCAGAUUGGAUUACAAGAAAACGAUAGAAACUUUCUGAAGUUUCUUUGGUAUGAUAAAAACGGAAAAAUAAAAAUUUAUAGACAUGCCCGUGUCGUAUUUGGAGUAACUUGCAGUCCUUUUCUAUUGGGAGCAUUCCUCGAAUUUCAUCUGCAGGAAACUCUAAGAGAAUCAAUUCAUGAAGAAAACUCCUAUAGUCCCGAAGUUAUUUCGAAAUUAUUGAAGUCAUUUUACGUUGACAAUAUUCUCAUAAGUGUACAAAACGAAGAAGCUCUCAACCAAUUCAUUGAACAGUCAACUAAAAUUUUGGCUGAUGGAAAGUUCGAGUUGAGAGGGUGGGAGCAUUCUUUGCCAGAAAAUGUCGAAGCAAAAAGUAACAUCCUUGGACUCAUCUGGAAUCGUAAAUUGGACACCUUAGAACUUUCUCUAGAAUGGUUUGAUAAAAUGGAUGUAGGACUGAUAACUAAACGAACUAUAUUAUCUGCAGCACACAAACUGUUUGAUCCAAUUGGUUUCUCAUGUCCAGUGACACUGAUCCCAAAAAUUUUGCUCCAAAGGACUUGGUCUACGAAAUUGGGAUGGGAUUUGGAAGUUGAUGAAGUAGUUCAAGAAUUAUUCCUGAAGUGGUUACAAGAACUACCCUAUUUGACAUCCGUUAAGAUUCCUCGGUGGAUAUCUAUAGAUUCCACUAUAUUGACCACUCAAUCUGUACAUGUUUUCUGUGAUGCAAGUGCAGAUGCCUAUGCAGUUUGUAUUUUUCUCAGAACAGAAACUGGUGAUGGUCAAGUGGUUUUGAGAUUAAUCGAAGGAAAAUGUAGAGUAGCACCUAUUAAAAAAUUAACCAUACCACGUCUCGAACUUUUGGCUGCAACAAUUGGAGUGAGAAUAUUUCGAAAUUUCCAGACAAACUAUGAAAUCAACCUUCAAGCAUUUUUUUGGUCAGACUCCUCAACUGUUUUAUCUUGGAUCAAAAGGAAAGAAAAUUGGAAACCAUUCAUCUGGAACCGUGUUGAAGAAAUAAAACGUUUUUCAAAACCUAUAGACUGGUACCAUGUUCCUGGUGAUAUGAAUCCUGCAGAUCUUCCAUCACGAGGAUGUUCUGCUAAAUCACUAGCUGAUGGAAGAUGGUGGGAGGGUCCAAAAUGGUUGUGUGAUCCAAUUUCCCAAUGGCCUAGUCAGAAUUUUGAUAGUAAUGAAGAGGAAAUAAACUGCGAAAGAAGAAAAACUGUUGUUUCCUCGUUGUCGGUGUCUAAAGAUUUUGUAUGGUACUACAAGUACUUUUCGAAGUUCAGCAAAAUCGUCAAGAUGGUUGCAUGGAUCAAACGAUUUGUCAAUAAUAGCAGAAAGAAAAAUACUGAAGACUCAAAAUUUCUGACUGUCGAUGAACUGGAAGUAUCAAGAAAACUAGUAAUUCGUUUCAUACAAGAAGAAAGUUUUGAGUCUGUAGAAGAUCCCAAAUUAUCAUCAUUAUGUCCCUUUACUGAUAACCAAGCACUGAUCAGAUUGCGAACAAAAAUUUCAGAUAGAACCGAUGCAGAGGAUUUUCGUAUGCCAUUUGUAUUGCCCACAAACCAUGAAGUUGUGAAACGUUUGAUUUUCGAAGAACAUAUAAAGAAUAAUCAUGUUGGAGUACAAGAAUUGAUGAGUAUUCUUAGAGCGAAUUAUUGGAUUCUUAAAAGUAGACGCACUAUUAGAUCCGUUAUCAGUAGUUGCAUCUCUUGUAAGCGAUUUAGAUGCAAACUUCUCAAAUAUCCUGCCAUAAGUUUACCAGAAAAGAAAAGCGAUAAUCAUACCAAAGGUGAAGAGGAACAGUUAUCAAAAAGAUCGUUAACUAGAGAUGCGGUAGUUAGAACGAGAUCAGGAAGGCCUGUAAAAGUUCCUGAAAGAUUUGAACAUUGA